AAAACAAUGAAACUCGAUCUCUUCGUCUGCUCACUGCGAUAACAACAAAGUCUUUCAGUUUCCAAAUCUUUGAUUUGUUUUCCGAAAAAUCAGACAUAAUCGAUGCAAGCGAAGCAAUCCGUUGAUGCUGGAUCAGGAGAGAAUCCAGUUGGAAUUUAAGAUAGAGAAAAUAAUAUUUCCGUUUGGUGCUUUGACUGCUAGCGUGGAUAUAUGCAGCCUACUGAUAUCAAAAACAAUUCGACCAUGGAGGCCUUACCUUGUAAUCUCCUCGACCAGAUUCUCUUCAGAUUGGAUCCGAAAUCUCUGGCGAUGAUGCAAUGCACGGGUCGAUAUAUCAACUCUUACAUAUCCGAUGAUAUCUAUUUCAGAUCCGAAUACAUGUCUCGUGUCGGAACCGGUUUGCUUCACAUCUCCGGCUUUGGCUCAACCAUCCUAUUCUGUUACCCUUUUGGCGAUUCUACGUUAUUCCGCAACCAAGAAUAUCCCUUAGAUGUCAAGACUCGGGUUCUCUCCUUUUGUUCUGGCCUCCUCCUACUCUUAAUGGAUGGUCUCUGUGUCGUGAACCCGCUCACAAAGAGGUACCGAUUCCUUGAUCACUCUAAAUCCAAGUUUCUUUCUCGUGCUGACAGAAAAGAAGAUGUACACUUCAUUCUCGGAUGGGAGCAACUGAACCGCAUCGGUUUUGCGGUUGAUCAAAUUGACCGAACAACUCAGAGAUUCAAAGUUGUCAUCAUAAAAGAAGUUACUGAAGACGUUUCGAAUCCUGGCGAAACGGUGUAUCAGUUCGAGAUCAGCACAGGGGCUUCUUGUUGGAAACUGUCGAAGACAACUAUUACUUGCGGUGCAAGCGAACUAAUAGCUGAUAAGAAACCGCUUUACUUGGACGGAUCUCUUCACUGGCUCAGAAAUGACGGAAGCAUUUUAGCUUUCAAUCCAGAAACAGAGCAAGCACAGCUGGUUCCUAUCAAGUUUCCCUCAAAACUUAUCACGACGAAGCUGUUCACAGUCGCAGGGAACGUACUAGCAUUGGUAUCAGCGACGGAUGAAUUGAUUUACGUUUAUAACCUCGAGAAUGUUCUCAUCGAUCCCAAGUGGGUCUUGGUGAAGCAGAUCCAGAACCGAGCGGUGGACAAAAGUUCGACGAGGUUUUGGUACCUUGGGGCGUACGACGGCAAGAGUUUAGUGGUGAGGGAGAACGAAGUUGUUCAUGGGUACGACUUGAGAGCUGACAAGUGGGGAGUCAUAGGUUGGGUUCCACACUGGUGCGAUGGUUACCAAAACUUUCACCAUUUUACACUGUCUUUAUCCUUUGCGAGAGAACUGAAUGAGAAGGUGGACGUCGAGAGGGUGACACCGGUUCGUGGUGGUAAUGGUAAUCGCAUCUCCUCUCUAAGGAAAAUUAUGAGACUCAUUGAUGAUAGCAAUCCUUAUGCUCUGGCAUGGUUAAAGAAAAAUGAAAAGCGACUUGAAGAAGAAACGAAAUCGAAGAUGAUGGUGGGUGAGCCUUCUUUUGCAAACGUGGAGAGAAUCAACAAAAGAAAAACUAGAUUUGGAUGGUAACUAGUUAUGUUUUCUCUUGUAUUUUUACAGUAGAUUACUGUAUGCUUGUUUAUUGUUCUUCUUUUAGGAUAUUGAGAAAAUUGAAGUGAAUAAAUUGAACCAUUGUGGGGAAUACAGUUAAUUGUUUUGUUUGGUUUU